GUUUCAAGUAUCAUGAUUCGUUUGAUUAAACUUUAGGUAAAAGACAAAAGCGUGAUGGUUGCUCCCACGAAAAUGUACAGAUGCAACCAGUGUUUGGAGCAGUUUCGAAAAUUAAGCGAUUUUCGAAUUCACAUAUGUUUACGAGGAACAAAUCAAUGCGAUCAUUGUGACCAAACUUUCGCUACUCAAAAGGCGUUGCUUAAUCAUCUUCAAACGCACGACAACAAUGACAUUGCUCAGAACUCUCAGAUGAAUUUUGUGUGUAAUAUUUGUGGUACCGAAUUUACCACACAUAAGAGUCUUAGAUUACAUUCACGAAUGCACGAUCCCGUCAAAUCACGUCACGUUGACGCACCUGAAGGCACAGACGAGGAUACAUUCAAAUGCGAUGAGUGCGAUGCGACGCUCUCUGUAUCUUACAGAACAGCUCAUAUGGCCUUGCACGAUGGUAUUUCGGUUACAUGUACCAUAUGCAAUCGCAAGUUUGAUUCGCCAGAAAGUUUAGUGAUGCACGCGGCUGUACAUGUCGAAUCCACUUCUGCUCAGGCAAUCUCUACAACCACGAUAGCGACAGAGCUUUUCAACGCUGCUACUAAAAAUUCCAUUGAUCCGAUUCUUGCGAAUGCAGGUGUCAGUGGACCCCUUGUCAGCGGUCCAACCAUAGCUGCAGUAGUCGAAGCCGCAGUAGCUGCCGAUGAUGCUGAGGCCUCUAAGGAGAAGCCGUACAUGUGUCAACAUUGCGGCCGUCGAUUCAGCAGACCACAUGAGAAAGUUAAGCACGAGAGGAUACACACUGGCGAGAAACCUCACGUCUGCGAGGUUUGUGGCAAAAAAUUCAGAGUCUCUUAUUGUCUAACGCUGCACAUGCGAACGCACACGGGAGUACGGCCUUACCAAUGCCAGCACUGUGGCAAACGUUUCAAAGCCUCAUCGGUAUAUAAUCACCAUUUGUUGACUCACGGCGACAAGCGCGCUUACACCUGUCCUUAUUGCCCCAAGACUUUUAAAACAAGGGUACAGUUAGCAGGUCACAAAAAUAGCCAUACAAAGCCUUUUCGUUGCACCGAGUGUUCUCGACCGUUUGCUUCGCUGUAUGCUGCGCGCUCGCAUAUGGAAACGCACAAAAAGGAGAACAACCUGAAAUUUAGUUGCGAAAUUUGUGGUGCCUCGUAUGGUCGUGCCUUUGCUGUGAAGGAUCACAUGAGACAGGCACAUGAACAGGAAAUUAUCGAAGAGGUGUUGCCAGAAGCCGCUCACGAGGAAGAAGUUCAUGAGAUGAUAGACAAUUUUUUGCUGAGGGACAAUGAUGAUAGUGUUGUACUGAACAAUGAGCUUAUCGUGCCUGAUUCGAUAUCUUGUAAUCCCAGUGAUCUCGAUCUCAUGACUGAGGACUAACACGUUGUACUCUCUAACUGGAAAACAAAAUGGAUUUAUGUGAUUUGCCGCCGAAGAUGUUCGAUUUUUUCUCUUGAAGAUAAAUUAGAUAGAUAUUUUUAAAAUAAUAGAUAAAAAAAGCAUUUAUAGCUCAUUUUCGUGAGCCG